AUAGCCCCGCUUGCCUCACAGGUUGAAUGGCAGGCCCAUAUACGCACACAACAGAUGCAUCACCUACCUCAGCCCAGCUCCUGAUCACCAACGAUUCCCCCCUUGUGGCUUACUUUCCCUUUGCUAUCGACACUCUCGACUCGCCUACUAAUCUCUCAGCCGCCUGGAACCUCUUCUACAACAACACCGCGGCCACCAAUCCCAAUGAACUUGGUCAAGGACCCAGUUAUCACGCCACUUCUCUCAUUGGCGCCAGCUUUCUCAUCCAAUGGAAUGGUACUGCUGUCGACUUACUUGGACGUGCCCUUGGCGAUGCUUCCUACUACCUCACUUUGGACGGCGCUCUCUUAACACCGACUCCUGUAUCGAAUGACGGUCUUCUCGCAUCCCUUUCGGACCUUUCCAACACAAACCAUACCAUUGUUCUUACCUACAACACGUCCAGCUCAGCGGGCGAUACCCUAAUCCAGUUCGACGGAGCGGUUGUCUCAUACGACCCUCCCGCCAGCGUGUCCAACUCAACAGUGAAUAGUGUACUCGUGGACGACACUGACAUUUUUUUCACUGGUGGUUGGACUCUUGUUGGCGCCGAUACCGACACCUACGACGGUGCCCCAUUGCAUGUUUCGCAAAAUUCUGGCGAUCGUGCUGCGCUCUCCUUCACUGGCUCUGCAGUUUCUGUUUACGGACUUGUGUCGUCCGGUUCAGGUGCAUACACCGCCAUCCUUGACGGCAUGCCAGCCCCACAGUCUUUACUCGCUCCGACCUCGUCGCAAGGCGUUUUGUCUAACUCCACCUCUCAAAAUCCUCUUGUCACGUCUACUCCCGCUACGGCACGCAACCUUACGGCAGCUUCGACCUUCACGAAUCCUGAUGCACUUCUCUUCUUUGCAACCGGGCUCGACCAAACGGUUACCCACACGCUAGUGCUUGAGAAUGACGCCAGCACAACACUUGGCAUUCGUGUUGGCGGUGUGAAUGUGAGCGCUUUCGGAGAUGUGACGGCCAGUGGGGGCACCUCUUACCUUAGUGAGCCCUCGACGUCUACGUCAACGCCGGCUGGCACCAUCGCCGCUGCCGUGCUCGCUUCUGUGCUCAUCGUGGUCAUCGCCGCCGUCGCCCUGUGGUACUUCUUCGUGUAUCGCCCUCGUCGGAGAGCAUGUCGUCGUGCUGCAACGCAACAACAUUUUGCUCAAGGCCGGGACCCCGAGGCUGCCGAAGGUGUACUCGACAUUGCGUCGUCACAUGCCGGCGCUGGCCCCGGUACUCGUGAGAGCGGGUUUGCCGGCGUCGUCCUGACUGGUGAGACUGGUGGGAACGUGGACCGGAGCAAAGAGUCGAGCUUGAGCUCGAGCAAGGGCUAUGGAAUAGGCCUUGGCCUUCGUCGCGGCUUGUUCGGCCUCUGGAAAGGAAACGGUUCGUCAACGACUAGCUCUGGCUCGACACGCUCUGCUGGCCCAUCGCAGCCACGGCGAUCAGUACUUGGUCCUCGCGCCUCUUUGGCAGGUGCAUUGGGCUUUGCAGAGGAUAGUAGACGCUUUUCUGCUGGUACGCUGCGCGAAGAUGCGCCGGCUUAUCUCUACCCCAAGGCACCGGUCCGCGCACUGGAGUCUGAGAAACUCGCACCAGGCUGGCGUAACCCAUACGAACCACCCCGCCGCUCCCAGAGUGGCUUUGGAGCGUUCCAGAGUUUAGGCGCUUUGUAUGGGCCGGUUACAGAGUGGGUAGGUGACGAGAAGGAGGAGAAGCCAAAAGAAGAAGUGGGUGUAAAGAAAGCGGGAGAGCACGAAGAGAAGGAAGAGCUCGAGUGGGAUGACGGCGAUGACACGGCGACGCUCGCAGAGGACUUGCUGGCCACGCUUUCACUUCAGCCUCGGUACUCCGAGGCAAGAGAUGUCCAACCUCAAGCCAAGGACAGAAAGCGGGGAACCAAGGAGGAGAAGCUUCGACAUGCAUACGCACAUCCUGGAUAUUCGCAACAGGAUGCAGCCGAUGGAGAUGAGCCUCGCGGCCAGCACCCGGAUCGUAAUGUUCGUCGAAGCCUCUUACCUUUACCUUUGCGAGCACACAGUCCGUUCCGCGUCGACGUUGGAUCUUUCCUACGGCCUUCACGCGAAAAGCGAGGGAGCGACAGUACCGGCAGCGGUAGUGGUCGAAGCACCAAGGACCGACAGCAAGGCAAAGGGAAAGCAAAGGCGAAGCCUAAAUCCUCCUUGCCUUCGGCGUCCAUUGGACGGUCUUUCCUCGACUUCAGUGCAUCGAUCAUCGGUACCUCAUUGCACUCUCCCUCUGGAAUGUCUGACCCUUCGGUCCGCCGGUCGAAGGGAGCAAGUACUGGCUCAGAAGCAGGGACACGGCGUAAGUCAGAAGUCCGGGAGUCACACCUUACGGCGGCGACGCAAGACACCCAUGUCACACAAGGGUCAGACGCAGAAGUGGCAGCAACUGUCAGCUCCGCUCACGCAGACAAUGGUCACGAUUCACGCAGUCAUACGCGGAGUCCUAACCACAAUUUUAAUCCUCCAAGCCGUCGGCAAAGCUUUGGGGCCGUUCUGGACAUCAGCCGCGAUGCUAUAGAGGCUGCUAACAGCGGCCGACAAGGUAGCGAGAAUGACGAGGCUGGAGAUGCCUGGACUUCCAGUCCGCUGGCAGAGCCUGAGCGCCUCGUACGAACGGGCAGCGGACGUCAUGAUGUUGCCCCAGUUCCCGAUGCUCCCGACUCGAUCUCGCCUGACACUUCGCCGUCGCAUGGCUCAAGGUCCAUUUCAGGCGCUGCUUCUCAUACGCGCUCGCGCAACGAGUCAGGAUCAGGCUCUUCUCACCCCCGGACACAACGCACGCGGUCGUCUGGCUCCCCAUUCCCGUUCCCGGUGACCAGACCAUCGUCUUCCUCAUAUGAUCACCUCAAUAAUGCCCCGCAAUCUGUUGGUGAUGAAGCGGAAGAUGAGAUAUUACGUUAUCAGCCUCGUGACAGACCGUCCCCACCGCCCCUCCCGCACCCUCUGCGCAUCACCGUCCCUACACCAGCCUCCUUGUCCCCCCAAAAUGCGCCGACUACUCCUUAUUCUUCGGAACUGCCAGAAAUAAGUCCAACGUCCAGCGUCCCCUUCUCUGUCUCUGAUCUCCAGUUCCGCCAUAGCGGCUCGAGCUGGGGCCCCAGCCCCGACUCGCGCCGCGUGAGCGCUGUGUCUGGGUUUUCGCACAUGAGUCGUCCCGGAGGCCGUCGUAUGAGCAACAGCGCCCAGGCGUAUAUCCCUCCGACACCAUACAUCGUUCAGCGUGUAUUAGGGAUGACUGCUCCACCUGCCGGUCCUACUCAUAGCCGCGCCCCCUCUCAGUCUAACCCUCAGGCAUUGUCGCGGUCGCAGUCACAUUCGCAGUCGCAGUCGCAGUCGCAACCGCAGCCGCAGUCGCAGCCGCGGACCCCCAUGUCUCCGCCUUACCUCGGGGCUCACUCGCGUGGCAACUCCGUGAUUGCUCUUGGGCCAUCCCGCUCGACAUCGCUUAAUGCGUCUGCUGCGCUGCAGCCGCCCGCUGCUGCUGCCACGCCCACGCCGUCGCCUGGCUUUGCUCCAAGCUCGACAACGUCAUCGACGUUCCGUAUCGGCUCGUUGCUUGGCCCAAGGCCACGUCCCUCGCGGCCUCCGACGGCCGAGGGCGUGCUUCAGCAGCAACAAGAACAAGCGGAGCCUCAGCGGGAAGGUUCCAGGCGAGGUCCACGCUGAAGUAUUGAUGGAAAAUACCUGAGUGACUAUGGUGACUCAAGGAGCAACGCUGAAUACUGCCUGGCUGUGUCUGGUGUUUCCUUAAUUUUCUUUUCUGUAUGUGUCCCGGUUUCCUGACUUUCCUUACGAACGGUGCCGGUUUUUGUCUUUCAUUGGUGAUAUUGGAUACCCUUUCUUGGCUUACCACACUGACAAUAUGUCUGUCUUUACUAGACGCCUGCCUGGACAUCUGCUCGCCUUUCUCCUUCUCCUUCUCCUUCUCUUUCAAGACAAUGCCAUUUAGGACCUCUUGUCGCUUUCAUCAUGUUCAUUUCUCCUUCUCGCUUAAGCGGGCAUUUGUUUUCAUUGUAUCAUAUAACAUCUUCACGUUCAUGGAGACAUAUACCUUUUGUUUCAAUGGGUUUGUUGUUUAGCUUUUACGUACCAUCAUUCACCGUUUCCUUUUUCUAUACACUGUCGUUGGUCUUGUCUUACCUCGCAUCUUUUGUUGACACCCGUUAGAACUCUGCAGUUGUACUUUAAUUCGCAAUACAC